CGGAUCAUUAUACUGGCACGGGCUCUUGCACACACAUUCACAUUAUAUAUAAGGCUUUUGGGAGAAUACCGCUGCGCUGACGGUGCUGGUGAGUAUUUGCUGGGGGUGUGGAUUUGGCGCGGAGCUUCUAAAAGUAAAUGUUUCCUCCGGCGUCGCGGCGCGCUUUAGCCCACUCGCCGUACGAUUUCCGACUAGUAACGUGUGCGUUCGACGGGGCCCAUCCGCCGGAAUCUACUUCCGAACCGUGUGUCCGGCGAAAAACGGAACCGGCCCGGCUACACACGCCUUAACCGCUUGUUUCCUACGACCGGACGUUCUUUUAUUUCAGACUUUCCGCUGAUGUUAUUUGUGUCUUGAAAUUGUUUUUUUUUCCAUUAAACUGUAAACAACACCUUUAAUUGGACAGUAUACACCAACAAUGUAAUCCGGUAUCAACGAUGACACUUUGAUGAACGAAACGAUGUCACAACGAUGAAACAACUUUUUUAAAUACUAAAAUAUUUAGUUGAAGAUAACAUUUCUUAAAAAGUGUAGACCAAUGAUGUAUGAAAGUACUUGUUCAUAUCAAAAUGUAUUGGAUCUAAAAAGGGUUGCAAUGGCGUCACCUACUAGUAUAAAAACUGAAAAUGAUUGUUUGUCGUCUAAUGCACCUCAAUGGCCAUCAGUUGGAGUCACUAGUUGUGCUUACAGGUUUGCUUGUAAUUCCACUUUUGAACAGCUUAAACAGUCAGUAGAGAAAGCAAAAGCUGCACUACAGGACCGCGGUAGCUACUUAUCGUCUUGCGAUCUCGGUUCAUCUCCAUUUUGUCCAGCAACGCCUUCUUCACGAAACCCGGUGUCCUCGCACCUGACCACAAAUUCCCUUGAUUUAUACCAAGAAGAAUCGAAUAACAUUGAAAAAAGAAAUAAUUAUAUUGAUUCAUCAAAUAGUAGGUAUGACAAAAGUUCGAACUUAAUGCAUUUAUCUUCUACAACUUCUAACGGCAUAUCUACUGUAAGCAAAUCAUCAUAUUUGUCCCCUACCUUACCAGAAACUUUUAGAAGCUCAUCAAAGUCAGAUACCCAUUAUAAAGGAUCAUGGAAUACACAUUCUUCAGGACAAUCUCAAGAUCCAUAUCAAAUGUUUGGCGCAACAAGCAGCCGAUUAGCCAGUUCUGGUUCCGGUCAAAUACAAUUGUGGCAGUUCCUUUUAGAAUUACUGUCAGAUAGUAGUAAUGCAGCAUGUAUUACCUGGGAAGGAACUAACGGAGAAUUCAAAUUAACUGACCCAGACGAAGUAGCUCGUAGAUGGGGUGAACGCAAAUCAAAACCUAACAUGAACUAUGAUAAACUGAGCCGAGCAUUGAGGUAUUACUAUGAUAAAAACAUUAUGACAAAAGUGCAUGGAAAAAGGUAUGCUUAUAAAUUUGACUUUCAAGGACUAGCUGCGGCUACCCAACCAGCAACUGCAGAUCCGACUGCAUAUAAGUAUCAAUCAGACUUGUUUAUGACAACGUAUCACCAUCAUCAUCAUCAUCAUUCGCCAAAAUUAAAUUUUAUUUCACCUCACGCACCUGGAAUCACGUCUACAACAGGAAGUAUAUUUCCUUCAGCGUCGUCCUAUUGGAGUAACCCUGGUGCUAACCUUUAUUCUAAUAUAGCAGCCGCUUCAGCAUCACAUUCAAUGGGUCACCAUCACCCAGGAUCCAGUCCCGCGGUUAAUCAUCACAGCAGUGUUGCGCCGCACCUGGCAAGUUAUUCACACUAUGCGUCACCAUGACCAACAGACGUACACUGGCCUGCACGAUCCCUAUCGGCAAGUACUGUGCGACCCUAUUAUAAAUCUACCGAAUGAAAGCCAAGUCAUUUCAAUAUUUCAAUACGAUAUUUGCAUUAAUAACAACCAACACAUUUCAUUCUAAAAAAUAUUAUUUGAUACACACUAAAAGUGAAAUUUAUAGAGAUGUAUGUUUACUUUUGUUAAUAUAAAAUCAAAUGUAUGUUUUGAAGAUUAACAUUCCAUAAACGAAUUAGGCUUCAAGAUAAAUAUUUUAAUUAAAAUUUUCUAAUUACUUGAAAUGAUUAAUAAGAAAAGCUUAUUUUUAGUUAAAAAAACUAAUAUUAAUUGUAAUAUAAUCCAUACGUAAUAAUUUAUAACAGAAGUAUCAAGAAGUGAAACUUUUCCGGUGAAAAAUACUUCUAUUUUGUUAAAUUGAAGGCUCUAUUUUUGUUUUAUUAUUAAAAGGACAAAAAUGUCUAACUUUGUUUUUGCUUUUCUAAAAUUUAUAGAAAUUGUCUAAAUCUAUUGUCUUCGUCCUUUACCUAUCAAUUAUUUUUUCCUCAAUGAUUUUAAAUCUUAACAAAUAAUUAUCUGUUUAUAUUUUUGUUAACAUUAAAAAAAAAAAUUGCAGAUGUAUCUUAAUAUAAAGUUACUUGGUUGCUAAAUGCUAUUCAUUUAUAAUAUGGUAUCAAUAAUAAAAUUAAUAUUAGAUUCAUAUUUAUAUUAUACAAGGCUGGGUCUCUGAUCUAACUAACAACAGAUUAAAUUUUUCAAAUGCUAUAACAAAAUAAUUUUCUGCAAAUUGGGACACCAUAACUUAAUUCCAACUAAUAGUAAAUUCUUCUUUUUCCUCGUCUUAAUCCCAACUAGUUGAGAUCGGCCAACCAGUAGUACAUUAGGGUUGAAAAUUCAAAUAUAUAUAUAUAUAUAUAUAUAAAUAUAUAGAUAUAUAUAAAUAUAUAGAUUUUCAGUAUCAUUUAUUUUCCUUAAAAAUACGACAUUUACGAUUAAAUUUUACUAUAAUGUAAAUUUUUAAUUAAUUUACUGUCUAAAAACAAAGUUGUUAUAUAUUAGUUUAUUUACAGUAAAAAAUAAAAAUACCUUUUUUUUUGUUUAUCACAUGUUUUUAAAAUUCCUGUUUUUUAUAAAUAUACUUAUACUUAACUAAUUGUUUAUUUUAUAGCUUAAUGUUUAGACAUUAAAUUGUAAAAUAAACAUUUUAAUUUCAAAAUUAUACUUCUUACAAGUUCAGGUUAUUCAUAUUUUUUGUUACUCUAACCUUUUUUAUAUUAAAUUGUCUCUAAUUUAAUAUAUUGUAUACAUUUUUAAUUACUCAAAAACACAAUUUUUUUCGCAAUAUAUCUUUCAAAAUUUUAUAAUCCGUUCUAAAAUUUUGAAGUACAUUAAUUACAAGAAAGAUAAUGUUAAAUAUUUUUUUAAAUUUUAAAAUACGAUGACACAGUAUUUACACAAAUUCUAGUUAAGUACAAACUCGGCAAAUUACAAGCUCAAAAAAAGUUUUCCAUAUAGAGUAAUUUUUCAUUGUAAUAAUUAUAACAAAAAACAACAAUGAAAACUACAACUUUCUAACUGGUGUUAAAAAAGUUAUAAAUUCAAAAAAAAAUUAUAUAUUGUAGUUUAUUCUGUACCAGAUUUAAGGAAAACACUUUUUAUCUAAUAAAUUUAUGAUUAAAAAAGAAACAUUAAACAUUAAUUAGCAUUACUAAUUUUGGUUGAACGAAAUCGUUUAUUUAAUUCAAUAAAUAAAUUUGAUAUAGUUUACUUCUUCUAACAUUUUAAAAAUCUAAAUCUUACUAAAUCUAAACUUAACCCAUCCAAACCCAAACUAUAUAUAUUUAUAGAUACAUAUGUAUAUAUUUAUUAUAUUAAACGUAGAUUGAAUUU